CACAAGCACGCACCACAGUGCAGCCAGUCUACCAGAUCAAGUUGACACGGCUCCCUUACGCAUGCUUCACACGACGCUGAAGAUGAGUGCCCCUCCACUCCCCACACCUCCUUCCCAACCAGCAUGCUCGUCUCCACGGUAACGGACUCCUCGCCGUCCUACGAGUGGUCACCGGUGACCCCCCCAGGCACUGGCCCAACUAACGGCACAGAGUGGCACCGUGACAGGCUGCUGGUGGUGGCCGAGGUGAUCGUGCUGGCGGUCAUCCUGGUUAUGGCGUUGCUUGGCAACAGCUUGGUGCUCGUGGUGUUGCUGAGGAGGAGACAAUUUCACAACCCGCUCCAUCAGUUCAUGCUCAAUCUCUGCUUGGCCGACCUGGUGGUGGCGCUGUUCCAGGUGCUGCCCCAGCUCGUUUGGGACGCCAAGGGGCGCUUUCCCGGCCCAGACGUCUUGUGCCGCCUGGUGAAAUACCUUCAAGUCCUCGGGAUGUUCGCCUCCUCCUACAUGAUUGUUGCCAUGACAAUAGAUCGCCAUUAUGCCAUCUGUUGUCCCCUGCUGGCGCACCGCAGUUGGGCCACCCAGCGAUGGAAUAGCCUCACACUGCUGGCCUGGGGACUCUCACUACUGCUCAGUCUGCCACAGGUUUUCAUCUUCUCUCGUUCAGAAGUGGCCCCUGGGGUCUACGAAUGCUGGGGCAACUUUGCCGAAUCCUGGGGUCUUAAGGCUUAUGUGACAUGGAUGACACUGGCAGUCUUUAUCAUCCCUGUCUUCAUCAUCACUGUGUGUCAGGUGCGCAUCUUCAAGGAGAUUGAGAACAAUCUUUAUCUGAAGUCGGAGCACCGCCAGCGUUCUUCCUCCCUUCGUCCUUCCAGAGCAGACAGCCAGAGAGGAGGAGGAGGAGGAGGAGGAAGAAGAGGAGAAGAAGAAGGGGCAGGAAGAGGAAGGUCCAGUCUGUCUCUUUAUGUUCCACCAAUCAUAUUAAACAACACUGGAUCCAGCUGCCAGCCUGCUAUCAACAUCAACCGCCACUGUGUCAUCAAUACUCACAUGGAUGUGAACACAGCAGUGCAGCUUGAUUUGCUGCCGGAGCCUGCUGCGCCCCUUACUGUCUGUGCGUCACCUGCUCGCCAAAGAGGAGGAGGAGAGGCGACAGCAGCCAUGUCCAAGACAGUGAAGAUGACUCUGGUCAUUGUGCUCGUCUACAGCCUUUGCUGGGCUCCCUUCUUUAGUGCGCAGCUGUGGGCUGCCUGGGACCCCGAUCCACCUGAGAGUGGUGCAGUGUUCACUCUGCUCAUGCUGCUGGCCAGCCUAAACUCCUGCACCAAUCCUUGGAUCUACUCUGCAUUUUCCAACAGCAUCUCUCUUGAGCUCCGUCUCCUGCUGCUGUGUCGCACACACGCACAACGCAGGGGUUCUCUACCAAACGACUCAACGGGCACACACAACACCCAGUCGCCUGACACACACACACAGGGGCGUCGCACCAACUUCUAAAGGCCCCCCAUUCCACCCUGAACCCAAACGUUUCCGCCCCAUACACACACACUCAUCAUGUUUACAUGCACUGUAAAACUAAUUAUUGUAUGGACUUGGUUGAAGCCAGCUUAUUAAAAGACGUGACUUGAUUAGGUUUUUGACUUUUUAAAGAUGGGGCUAACAUAUGUACACAAACACCAUAAACAACUUGGUUUUGUUUAAAUAUAAAAAAAAUCUAUAUAAAGUGGCCACACUAUGAAUUAAAAAAGUCAUCCAACCAAUUAUUCACUUAAAUUUAAUUAUAAAACUGCCACGUUUCCCUUCAGUUCAAAGUGUAAAGUAGAAAUUUGCUGAUUCAUGUUUUAAUAUCAGCAGUGGAAAAUAGAUAAUACAUAAUUAUCAGAAGUGGGUAUAGUAACGCGUUACAUUUACUUAAGUGACUUUUUGGAUAAAUUGUACUUGUCAGGGCUGUUUAAAUAAAACAUCCUUUUUAUUUU